CAAGAACCCUCGUUAACCAAUUUGACGUAGAAAUGCUUCAUCUCUAUACAGAUCUAUAUCCCGUUAUCUUUGAAGUCACGACAGAAACAAUUAAAUCACUGGACCUUGCAUGCAAGACUCAACGUCCCAAUGUCCUCAGUCAACUAUACAGCCACCAACACAGUAACAACCCCAACAUCAACCUCUACCUCAACCCACUACGCCGAACUCGUAGGCUGGAUCCCCGAGAACUCCGGCCGGGGCACCCUCAGCCUGCUAGCUAGCUGCCUAACGACCCUCUUCCUCUGCACCUGGGUCGUAAUCCACCCACGCGUGCACGCCUCCCCACGCCACAGCUUUUUCCACAAGCUGGUGCUGUUCCUCAAGACCCUCAUUGCACCGGAAUUCAUCGCCGUCGAGGGUCUCCAAGAAUGGGCGCAAUGCCGACGCAUGCGCCGCGAUAUCAUGACUCUAACCAGCCCCGAUAACAAAGACCCCCAGCACAGCAACAAGCGAACGCCAGCAUUCACCCUACUCCACGCCUUCUACAUCAGCAUGCUUGCCCUGCGCUACCGCACCCCGCUAGGCGACCGGGUCCUGUGGCCCAACCAGUACGUCUGGCUGCUGCAGCAGGGCCUGAUCGAGUGGAAGGACCACGCCCGCUGGGGGCUAGCCCUCACAGACAUCGAGGACAAGAGCAAGGCGGACGCGGUGGCAAAGCUAAUCGCGCUGGCGCAGGUGCUGUGGUUCGUGGCGCAAUGUAUCCUGCGCGCCGUGCACGGGCUACCCCUGGCGCAGCUCGAGGCCAUGACCCUGGGUUAUAUCCCGCUCAUUGCGGUGACGUAUUUCUUCUGGUGGCACAAGCCCAAGGAUAUCCGGUCGCCGACGGUGGUGGAGCUGCCCGCAGCGAUGACAAGCGAGCAGCGUGCGGUGUUUGAGUGUUUGGCGGUCAGUCACAAGUUCGACAAUGAGGGCCUGCGCGAUCAGGUCACCUACUGGAGUAUCUGGUAUCUGACAUCGCGGGUAUUUGAGAAGGAGGAGAGGGAUCGAAUGAUGGCGGAGCAGGCACUCGAGAUGCAGAAGAGCUCGUCGGGGUCGUCGGGGUCGUCAUCCUCAUCAUUAGCAGAAUCAGCAGCAGUGCAUGUCGACUUUCAGACCGAAGGAAGCAAAAAAGAAAUUGUGGUUGCUCACUGGGAUCCCGAUCUCUAUCGCUCCAAGCUCUGGCCGUUGACGUGCCUCUUCGGAAUGUCAUUCGGGGCCCUGCACCUGGUGUCGUGGAAUGAUGUCUUCCCCACCAUGGUGGAGUUGUGGUUGUGGCGUAUCGCGGCAUUCGUGUCCAUGGGGUCUAUGCUGGUGUUCAUGCACUUUGAAAAAGUGGUGCUUCGAUGGGAGGGGGUUGUGACUAUCGUGAGCCUGUCUUCUCCGGCGUUGUACCUCCUGAGUCGGAUGGUGAUGAUGGGGGAAGUGUUUGCGGCGCUGAGGGCGGAGGAGCCGGCGAUCUACGAUACUUACGAGGUUUCCUCCUACUGGGUCCAUUUGUUAUGAAAGGCGCAACUGCGUAGAGAAUCAAAGAUGUGAAGCGGGCUGAGCC